AGCGCGAGGAGGACAGAACUAGCCGGAGGAGGUCGCGAGGGGGUUUCGGAGGGCAGGUGGACGAGGAGGAGGAGGAGGAGAAGGGCAGGAAAAAUAUCUGUGCUACUUUCGAAGAAGGACGAGAUGCUCUUAUUCGAAAUAGAUUAGUUCUGAAACGGAGGGAGCAUGUGUGGGACCGUGUAGUAGCGGAAAUCAGAAACAGCACUCAAUUCGCAAUCAAUUGACUCAGUGUCGGAUUUGCCACGGAGAUGUCGAUGCGCGCUCACGAGGAUAGCGAGAGAUGCGAAAGGGAGAGACGCUCGUCCUUCAAGAUGUCGAGGAGCAGAGAUCCCUGUUUCGUCGCAUUCCAGAGUAAACGUCUGCUGCCUCGCCGGUGCGCGCGGGCUUCUUUUUUGUCCCCGGCCAACUUUUCACUACGAUGCACAAUGGCUCGCUCGAGCUGGAAGAAAGGCGGCGGAGGACGCGACGGGGGCAAAAGCCUGGGGUGGAUGAGGAGGACAUACAUAGACUGUACGUGGGUGUAUGUGUGUGUGAUGCCCAGAGGUAUGCACGCUACGCGGGGGCGUAUGUGGGAUACAGCGAAGCGCGAGUCGAACGACUCCGCGGUCGGAGACGGCAAGAAAUCGGCCUGGAUCAUCAUGGAUUGGACCCAAGGGAUCGGUCUGACCAGCGUGUUACUGCUCUAUCUCGGAUGGAUCGGAGUAACAAACGGUCUGAGGAUGCUGCAGCUGAUAGUGCCCAAGCACGUGGUGCUCGGAGAUACUAUACGCCUCGAGUGCAACUUUAAUCUGGACAAAGAGAAGCUGUAUUCGGUCAAGUGGUACAAGGACGGCAACGAGUUCUACCGAUACGUACCCGAGGAAAAACCACCUGCUAUGUCCUUCAAUCUUCCCGGGGUUACGGCGAUCAUUCACAAUUCCACUAAACGGGCGGUCGUUCUUUCUUCUGUGAAUCUCAUGAGCACAGGACGCUACAGAUGCGAGGUUUCGGCGGAGGCGCCGUCCUUCCAGACCGUUUCCGACCAUUCGGAUAUGGAAGUGGUCGCACUGCCGGAGGACGAGCCCAUCAUCACGACGCGAUCCGGGAAACAUCGUUAUCAAGUCGGCGACGUCAUGCGGUUCAAUUGCACUUCAGCAAAGUCGAAGCCACAUGCCAUGCUCAGCUGGUUCAUCAACGGGGACCUUGUUGAAGCGCAGUUCUUGAAGCCGCUCUUAACCGACGUAGACCAGGACGGUUUAGAGACCGCCACGCUCGGUCUAGAGUUCCGUCUGCGCUCGAAACACUUCAAGAAGGGAGACUUGAAGAUCAAAUGCCUGGCGAAGAUAUAUACUCUAUAUUGGAAAUCGAAUGAGCUCAGCAUAGAGGGUGAGAGGCCCCUGAAGAUACCGGUAAUGGAGAGUAGGGAGACAAGGGCGCAAGGGCACACGCACGCCGAGCAUAUCCUAGCGAGCGGAAGUGUAACGCUGGCACGACCGUGCGUCGUUCUCGUGAUCAUGGGAUUACUGAUGCUACGGUAAGGAUCGAGAAUACCAAUCGCCGCCCUUCAUGCUCAUCCUCUAGGCCUCGUGGAGAAGCCACUCUCACGAUAUGACAUGAUUACGUAAUAAAUUACCAUGUUGUUUAUAUUUUUUAUAAUUGCAAUUAGAGUGGAGUUAGAAACCACGUAAAUAAUUGUAGGCAGAUGACAUACUAUCAGUAUAUUAAACUUUACUCGGAUAUGCGGAGAACGAAGGAGAGGAGAGGCGAGAUUUUAAAGAGAUGUAAAAAAACGAUAGAUUUUUUUGUGUUUUUAAAGGCGAUAAGAAACAAUCCCCGUAACGUUGCGGCGACUUGGUCGUUUAAUUUUUGCGUUAUAUAAAUUAUGUAUUUCUCAUGUAUGUAGUGCGCGAAAGACACGACGAACACGCGUUGUCGGUGUAUAUUUAUGGAAAAGGUACGCAUGUCACAAGUCGGUCGUUUAUCAUGAAACUUCAGAGUCGCGAUUCUUUAUAUCGCUUGCGGCGACUCGUGCGUAAAGUGCAUAAAUCGAUUUCUUUGAGUGCAUACGCACGUUACACAUGUGCUUCAUCGGAAUAUUCGCUGUGCAACCAGCACGUAUACGCCGUGCAAACCGAGAACGUGACGAAUCUGCAUUUUAUCGAAUUUUCAUUAACUACCCUGCGUUCGAAUGAUAGAGACGGUAGAGUACAAGUGCGCUUUAUUCGAUUUGCAAGACAAUGUAAUACAUUAACAAUAUAAUAUGUUCGAAAAAUUCUUUCCCCAGACAUUCAAAUAGGUCGAGAUAUAAUUCACGAUACUUGAAAA